AUGAAAAUCAAUAUCUUGUUGACCUGGACGGGAGGUUCAGCCUCUAAUUUGAACAUGAACCUGUAUGCCACCAAAAAGACAGCAGCUGAGGGCAUGUUGGACAUCGCUCUGUUCCUGGCUAACAUCACACACAUGAAGACUGUAAUCGAACAGGGAGCUGGAUACAGGUAUUACAUUGCUGUCCUGACACUCAUCUCCUUCUCCUUGGCCCUCCAGAUAGUGGCUGGAGUCCUGAUCAUCAUCAUUGCCCGCAGGGACCUGAACGUGGUGUCCAAUCAGAAGCGACUCGACUACCUGAACAACCUUGCUACAGGCGUCAUCUUCAUCACCACGGUGAUUAACUUCUUCGUCAGCUUCUUUGGAUCCAAGAGGACUGGCUUCUUCCGCUGGCUGCUGGCUCGACUCCACUACUGACACACACAAACAAAACCCCAUACGCACUGACAUAUCAAACACAUUUACACACCGCAACAUGCAUGCAACUCACACACCAUUUGCAUCAUUUCCAUUUGUACACACUUGUUGAUUCAAACAAUUAUGUAUUAUUCACGCUUUGAAAAGCUGUAAUCCAACUAAAAUAUUUUCAUAUUAACCAACUGAAUAUCUGUGUAAACAUGCAUUCUUUUACUUGCUGCAAUAAUGUGGUUGUGCAAAAAUUGUGCAUAUGUUCCAUUAUACGAAUUUCAAACAGUUUUACACUUUACAUGUGUUUC